GACACGAGAGACAGACAGAGACAUAGUUCAGCAGUGGUACUUCACACUUUAUACACACAGCGUGAGAACUCCAGCUACACUCACCUCUGAAGAAGAUUAGUGAUUUCCCUUAGAGAGUCCACAGAUCCCAUGAUAGGGUUGGUCACAUCAUGACAUCAGGCCAACUCUUCCUUCUAGUUUACCUGUUGGCAAGCUGCUGGGUGACAUCAAGCACAGAGAGAAAUGAAACCUGUAUUGCCCAAGGUACCUGCCCUCAGGUCCCAGACCCGACCUCGCACUUCCUGCAGUGUGUGGGACUACCAUCGACAGACACAGGAAAAGACCACAUGCGGAGGCUGAAAGGAAUGAUUGACGCUUCGUUGGAUGUGUACACCUUCAUGAGGUCCAGCGUGGCAGGAGUGCCCAUUGUGAUCAUAGAGGGAGCAAUGGCACUCAACCCAGGCGCCGACCCUUUCCAGAACCAAGCGCUUGUUCACAUGUGGCUGGAGGUCAAGCUCAAACCACUGCUGAGAUCUAUCACCAAACAAUUCCUGUCCUGCCUGAGCUCCAAGAACUUCAGCUGUGACACCUACCAGACUGUGGUGAAGGAAUUGAGCCACCACUUCUCAGAGAUGGACCCAGUGAGACAAAAGUGGAUCUACACCUUCUUCAUGUACCCUUUCCUAUCUGGAGAGGGAGUAGCUGGCUGUGUAAGGCCACAGGAGAGCAGUGAGGAGUGGUUAAUACGGAAUUUUGGUUCCUUCAGAGCAAUGGCCCGUAUGAAGGACUUCUCAACACUCAACAUAGUCUUCAGUGGUCUGGAGGUUCUUCACCUGCUGUCCCCCGAGCAGAAGGCUGAGCUGCUGCUGAGGCCUGAGGUGGCAGGCUUGGAUAAUGGCACCCUAAGUCUUGUCUUCCACAGUUUGAUGACAGGCAGCCAAGGACCUCGCCCCACUGCGAUCCCUGGAGAGAGCCACGGCUGGACGAGCCCACACACCUAUCCUCCUGGAGAGAGUCAACCCUGGACUAACCCAGGAUACACACACACCUAUCCUCCUGGAGAGAGUCAACCCUGGACUAACCCAGGAUACACACACACCUAUCCUCCUGGACUCACACAUGACUCCUAUUUACCACCAUCUCCCCAACAUAGCCUCACAGAGGUUGUAAACGGGUUCAUGGGAGCAUUCAGACCUAUAGGAAGCUUUGUUAGGGAAUUUGUGUCCCUCACACACAAGAGGAAUGUAUCAGAAAUAAGAAGCACUACUCUGACCCAGGCCCUGCUCAACUGGACUCUAGCUGAGCUGGCCAGCAUCUACAAGCCACAUAAUGCAUCUGUCAUUCCAGAGGGGCAAGAGUUUGAUGUGACGAACGUGGAAGAUUGGUACCAGCGUAUUGUGAUGCCAGUCUUACGGAGGUUCUUGACAGAUGAGCAGGCCAUGAUGCAUCAAAACAUCACGCAGGCCUUCUACCAUGUAUUCUAUUUGGACUUUGGUAUGGACAAUGAGACAUCUGAAGUCCAGGACGUGUGUAGCAUCACCUUAGAGGAGAAAUCAUGCGGACUGACCAAUGCAAUAGAAAAUGUGGCCCAUGUCCUGCACUGCGCUGCCCGUAGCAACCUGACAAUGUCCGAAGAGACGAUAAUGAGACUGAUAAUGGAGCUGACACAACGUCUGAACUCACUGAUCCAGGAAUUCUCAACAGCGAACUUCAGUGAGGUGGUGGCGAACUUUAGGGAGGUGUUCGGGGAGUUGGACUCUCCGUCUCUGACCCGGGAGAAUCUGGAGGACCCGCAUUUCAUCAAGCAGUGGUUCCAGAUCAAGCUGCUGCCUUUACUGCCUGACGUACCGACAAGCCUUCUCUCCUGCCUCAGCACUAAGAACUUCACCUGCCCUGUUUACCAAACCCUAGUAGCAGCGCUGAGCAAACACAUGCAAGCCAUGGAUUCUGAUCUGAUGUACAGUCACAACAUCUAUGAGCACUUCAUCUUUUCCUUCUUGCAGCAUCACAACACCUCUGAUCCGCAGUGUAUCUCCUCAGCCAAUCACACUGCAGAAUGGCUGAGAAAGAACUUUGGUUUCUUCUCAAUGUUUGCCUCUGUCAAAGACUUCUAUAAACUCAACUCAAACUUCUCUGGACUGGAGGUCCUACACCUCCUGUCUCCAAAACAGAUUGCAGAGCUGCUGGUGUUGCCCCUUCACACACCAGCAGAAAAACAGGUCAUCAUCAACAGAGUGUUUGACUACCUGCUUGAGUCUCCAAAUGACAGGAGGUUUGUGGAGGCCCUGCGCCACCUGCUCCAGCUCGCUAAAGAGGUUAGGCCACCCUGCCAUGUCUACAAACUUAUUCUUGAGCGUUUGUACAGAGCUGUACCAGGUCUGCCCCUCGAGAUGGAGCCAGCCACCUGGGCCCACAUAAAUGGCCUGAUAAAUAUUGCACCAGUGGAAUGUGUCCCGGAGAAUAUUACGUGUGAAGUGACUCAGUUCAACGGAACUGCCAUCUGCCAUGGAGUCAGCAGCACCGAGUUACAGCAUCACUUGAACACAUCGGUCUCAAUGGCUGUUCCCUGUACUUUUACUCUGGAGACAUACGCAUGUGCACAGCUGGAGAACUUCACAGCCAAUCAUCUGGUGUCUCUUCUGAGUUGCAACCUGCCUGGAAACAGCAGCCGCUCUAAAAUGGUGUGGAAGAUGCUGCUCACUAAGCUGUCCUCUGUCUUGGACAGGGCUCUGGACAUCCUCGCCAGCAAGCCCAUGCCCAUGAUCGGCUCUUCAGCGCUUGAGGUUUUGGAUGUGAUUGGAGAGAUGAGAGUGUCAUUGCUGAGAGACGAGCAGCUGACGAACAGCAGCGUCAUCAGGAAGUGGUUCUCCGGCCGUCUGAGAGGCUUCUUGUCCUCUGCAUCAGGACGGUUCCUGCACUGUCUCAGCCGCAGGAACCUCAGCUGUCAUUCAUACCAGCAAAUACUCGAGGCAUUUCACCACCAGUUUGAUGACAUGGACCUACAGCAGCAGCAAUUGGUGUUGAGGAAGCUAAUCCUCCCUUUCCUGUCUCAGACGGGAUCAGACCCAGGCUGUGUGCAAAGCUCCAACAGCAGUGCGCACUGGCUACAGAGGAAUUUGGGGCGAUUUUCAGUAUUGCUGUCUGUCAGAGAUCUGCUGGACCUCAACCCAGGUUUCUCCCCUCUGAAGGUCCUUCAACUCCUGUCUCCAAAACAGACUGCAGAACUGCUGGUGUUGCCUAACUCUGUCCUUCCAGAGAAAGAGGUGGUCAUCAAUAUGUUGUUUGACUAUCUGACUGAGUCUCCAAAGGAAAGGAAAUUUUCCGAGUUCCUGUCCCACCUUGUCAUGUUCGCUCAAGAGGGAAAUAUUUCCUGUUCAUCAUACAAAAUACUUUUUACCAGAAUGGACGAGGCCAUGCCUGGCGUUCCUCUUGAUAUAGCAUCAGACAUCACCAACAGCAAGCUGGCCUUAUCUCAGCACAUACCACCAGGUUGCAUCUUAACCGAUGGAGACUGCAAUGUUACUCCAACAAAUGAAACCAUCACUUGUGUUGGAGUGAACAGUACACUGUUGCAGCACCACCUUGACAAUGGACAUAUGAAUGGACAUUUCUGUAACUUCAGCACUGAGGAAUAUGCUUGUGCUUCGUUGUCAGCAUUAACAGCAGAGGACUUGGCAGCAGUGUUGAAGUGCAACCGAUCGUCCAGCUCCAGCAGCUCCAAAGCCACUGUGAAACUCUUCCUCUCCAAAGCCUCAGUGGUGCUGGAUGCAGCUCUGGAUCUUCUUGCCAACAUGACAUUUGAUCCCAAGGACCCCACUGUGUCACUGGUCCUGGAUGCUAUCCAAGAAAUACGUCUGGACUCCUUCCCCGUGGCUAACUUCCAGGAUCCUGCCUUCAUCCAGCUGUGGUUCAACCACAGGCUCCGUCCUUUCCUGCCUGCUGUGUCCACCGACUUCCUGUCAUGCCUCAGCACUAAAAAUUUAAGCUGCAGCACCUACCAAGACAUUGUGCAGAUUUUGAGCAAACAUCAAUCAAACAUGGAGCUCUCCAGGCAGAUCCAGGUCUACACACGCUUUAUCAAGAUCUUCCUUACCAGGAAAAACACAACAGACCCGAGUUGCAGCUUACACACUCCAGACAGCGGAGAAUGGCUCGAGAAGAACUUUGGAGGUUUCUCUGUCCUUGUGACUUUCCAGGAACUACAGAUGCUGCACUCCAACUUUUCAGCGAUGGAAGCCUUGCCGCAGCUGACAGUGAGGCAGCUGGCAGAGGUGUCCUCCACACCAGGCCAGCUCACCUCUUCUGCUCAGGUUACUAUGGUGACAGACCAUGUCCCCGACAAGCUCCUGACAGUCUUCUUUGAUGACCUCUCCUCUGUGACCACGGGUCAUGAGGAGCUGUUGCCCUCUGAGGUGAGGUCAGCCAUGUUACAAGUUGUGUUUGAUCGUGCAAACCUCUCCAGUCCCUCAGUGGGUGAUCCAGUGGUUGUUGACUGGUUCCACAAUCGCCUGCGCCCCCUGUUGUUUCACCUGUCACCACAGCAUGUUGCACCGAUCUUCAGAAUAGUGCAAGGAAGGAACUGUAGUACUGAGCAGCAGGCAGUGGAGAUCCUUAAUUCAAUUCUCUCAGCACUGGGUGACGUUACACAGAAAGAAAUCCACAACCACAUCAUUCAGUCUCUCAAAGGACCAGUGCCUCUUCGUUGCUAUGGUGACAACUACAACCACAGUUUCUACGUUUUCCUGAAGCGCUCAUUCAUGGGAUUUCAGUUCCCCAACCUGAGCACCUUCCUGUCCCUCAUGCCAGACAACAACAUGCAUCAGCUGGUGAACUCGAUGCCUCCAUCAGAUCUGCGUGAUUUCCUCCAUCGCCAUGAUGUUGUCGAUGACGAUUCAAAGCUCUGCCUGCUCUACAACAACUAUGUUCUGACACCACGGUUCCUGGAAACUGAGCCUCUGCCAGAGGAGGUACAGCGGCCCACACUGCCUUGCGUCUGGCCCAUGGCUCUCAGCAGCACUGAGAGGUCAGAGGUCAACGCAUGGUUCGACCGAAGACUCCAACACUACUUGGUCUUCCUCACAAAGAAUCUGCUCACCUCCACUGCCACACACAACGCCUCCUGCCUGGCCUUCCAAAAGCUUGUUUCAGUUUUGGGCAAACACAACUACAGUGCUGCAGACUUCAUGGAGCGAGAUGUGUUCGACAUCAUCAAGGCCUAUCUUGCCUCAGGGACGGCACCAAAGUGUUACAAUGCCAACAACCCAGAACUGAACUCUACAGCCUGGUUCGCUGACUACAUAGGUCCCUUCAUGUACUUCCUCACUCUAGAGGACCUGAAUACAUUUGGCUCUGCAGAGGUGAUCCAAGUAUUUACAGUGAACCCUCUGAACAUCGCUCUGCUCAACCACACUGUCUUACCUCUCAACCUCACCAACUACUACACGGAGCUCAUAUAUCUGCAGAACAGCAACUUUAACCCUAUGCUUCUCCCUCUGUUGUGUCGGUGUGUCGCUCCGGGUCCAGCAUUCAGCCAGCUGACCGUAUCACAGAGUAUGGUGAUUCUGCACAACCUAACUACCCACUGCACAGACCUGGAUCCACAGAUCCCUGCUGCUCUGGCAGGUAACCUUGGCGACAACAUUAAUGCCGAGUCCAUUGCUGCUCUCGGCAGUGAAAGUGCUGGCAUGACCACAGGCCAGAUCAACAUGAUAAAGCCUGAAGACCUUGCCAACUCCCUCAACGUUCUUGGUGCUGUGAAUGACUGGAAUCAGGGUCAGGCCAUGGCCAUUGUCCAGUCCAUGUUGUCUUCAGGAGCGAUUCAGAUCAACAGCGCGACUACAUUGUUGACACUCGGCUCUCUUGUGAUGGGAGUUCCUGCAGCGACAUACAGCUCCAUGAGCGGCUCUGAGCUCCUUAGUGCCUCCACGAGUCAGAUAUUCCUGACACACAUGAUGUCUGCUCCUCAAAUCAUCCAGCAUACCUUGGUGACUCAGAUUAUAUCAGUGGACAACACCAGCGAGAAAGUCAUACAGAAUGUUCCAGAUGACUUAGCUACCGAGAUCCCUCGAUCUCUGCUGCUGGGCUUCUCUUCGUCUGAUGACUCUGUGAUCAAAAAGCUCAACAAGAAGAAAUGGAAACGUCAGCAGGCAGUGCUGUUCUUUGAUGUUGUGGCUGGGGAAGUUGCAACGGCAGGAUUGGGAAAUCCUAACAAUUUGUCAUCCUCUGUUCUGCAAGGGUUCACAUGCACCAAAGUAACAAGUUUACGCAAGGUGCACAUCAAGAACCUGAUCAAAGCCUGCCGGAGGAAAGGCAGGCAGAAGGUUAUACUGAAGGAGACUCAGUUGACCUGCAUGUACAACUACAUUAAAGGAGAAUCGGACGUCGCCAGUUACAGCCUCUAUCCUCCUGAUGUGCUGCUGUAUUAUGACUACUCUCUAGUGACACAGGUGGCCUGCAGAUCCUAUUUUGUAGAGCUUGCAGAUGCAGACUUCUCUGUCUUCUCCAGUGUCCUCAGCUACAAGCGUGCAACACUUUUUGCCAAUGCCAGAAGCUGUCUUGGUAUAACAAGCACAACAUUAACUGAAGAUAAUAUAUCGGUUCUGGGGAACAUGUGCUGCACUCUUGAUGGGUCCUACAUCAUGAACUCGCACUCAUCCAUUCUGGAAAAACUCAAGCACUGCUCAGACCUUACCAGUGUUCAGGCGGCUGCGACUGAAACCCUUCUACUGGGUGGGACAACAACAUACGGAGCACCAUCAACAUGGAGUGAACAAACUUUGGACGACCUGGGGAUUUUGCCGCUCUACUUGACUGAAACCUUCUAUGCUGAAUUUAAUAAGAAAACAAAGCGGAAGUUCUUGAAGUUCUUCCUGAAAUUUCUGAGGCGCAAUGGAGUGGGCAGGAGAAAGAGGAGGCAGCUGAAGAGAGCAAUUAGAAGGUCCUUAACCAAACGCUCUCGGCGCUCUGUAGCGAAUGAAUGCACUGUGGGAAUGAUCACCCAGGUGGUUAUCAGUGAUGACACCUUCCCCUUCGACUAUGACGAUGUAACUCAGUUCAACUGCUGCCUGAGUGCCACGAUUGUUAAAGACAACUUGGCUGCCAUCACUGACAAAGUGGACCAGGAGGAAUACCUCACUAUUGUUCUCAUGAAGCUGCGAGAGGCUUACUCAAGCCACUCCUCCAUCUCAGAGGAAAAGGUGCAGGUUCUGGGUCCAGCAUCCCGUGUGGCCACUAAUGAUGACAUCAACAUGUGGAAUAUCACUAAGAUUGACACACUGUGUGCUUUGAUGGACUCCUCUGAUGGGGAGUGGGACCCAGACAUGGCCAAGGCCAUCAUCUCUAAGUAUCUGAGUAAGGCGGGCAACAGCCUGGGAAGUGCAGAGCUCAACUGCAUUGGGGGAGCCAAUCUGUGCUCCUUAGACACCAGUGUCCUGAGUGCCAUUACCUCAGAUGCCCUCAGUAAGGCUGAUGCCCUGACCGUGUCCAACUGCACACUGGAGAAGAAGAAGGUACUGUUCCCCAUUGCCAAAGUAGCCUUCUCUGGAACAACCCGCUCAACCAUUGAUGGUACUACCUACCAGCUUAUGGAGAAUUACCUGGGUGGUGCAGAUAGCGAAUACAUUAAAAGUUUGUCUGGCUCCAACGUGAGCAUGGACAUGGCUACCUUCACCAGUCUGGAUGAAAACGUAAUACAGUCCCUGUCAGUGAAUGAGGUCCGUGGUCUUCUGGGCUCCAACCUAGCAGAGCUGAAAUCCUAUGAAAAUGAAACUGUGGUGCAGAACUGGAUCACAGCCCAGCGUCAGUCAGAGCUUGAUAAACUCAAUGUGGGGCUGUCGGGUGGCAAGGCUGACCCUACAACCACGCCCGGAGGUACCACCACUUCAUCUUCAGGCUCAGGAGGGGGUAGCGUCACCACCGCUUCAUCUUCAGGCUCAGGAGGGGGUAGCGUCACCACCGCCUCAUCUUCAGGUGGAUCAGCUACCUCUGCCACCACCACAGGUGAUGGUGGUGCACGCAUCAGAGCAGACACUGGCCUCUCCUUCCUGCUUCUCCUCGUUGUCUUCAUCACUUCACAGCACAUCCUACAGUAAUAGACAGGACUCGACUUUAUGGGACUAUUGCAAUUCAAAAUUCGGUGUUAAACAGAGAAAUAUGUUUUAAAACUAAACUGAAAAAAUAUUUAAAUGUCCUGUGCUACAUGCUAUAUUGUGCUGCUUCCAAUAUAGAAGAUAUCUCAUAUGCAGUUAUACAAAUGCCUGUAAAUAUCAUAUGAUUAAUGA